AUACCAGGCGAGCUAGUUAACAUCUCGCCACUGCUGUCCCCAGAUGUCCAUCUCGGCCCUGCCGCUGUUGCUGCUGCUGCUGGUGGUGGUGGGAGCCCAGCAGGAGAGGACCAUCUGUGCGGGCAUCAACGGGAUCCCCGGGCAGCACGGGACCCCUGGGGCCCCUGGGAGGGACGGCAGAGACGGUGAGGGGUCGGGUCCCAGAGACCCCCCCACGGUGCGCUCGUGGUGCGACACGAUCACUCGCUCGCUCACUCGCGCUACCGGAGCACCCGGAGCCAAGGGAGACGUCGGGGCUCGAGGCUUGACUGGGGGCCCAGGUCUGCAGGGAAAGCUGGGCCCUCUUGGCCAACCGGGGCUCGCGGGGACUCUGGGAGUCCCAGGUGAGCAGGGCGAAAGAGGCGAGAAAGGCGAGCGGGGAGAGAGCGGCGUGGGGCCCAGGUCGGCCUUCUCCGCGAAGGUGGGCGCUUACACGCCGGCGGCCGGCUCCCCCGUGACGUUCAAUGUCAUCAUCACCAACCCGCAGGGCCACUACAACCCCGGCACGGGGAAGUUCACCUGCGCCCACCCAGGCGUCUACUAUUUCACGCUGUGCGCACACCCCGGUGAAAAGGACCUCGUGCUUAUGAUCAUGAAAAACGGGGAGGUCAUCUCUAAGAUAUGUGGUGUAAAAUACAACGGAAUAAGCGGCAGCGUCGUGCUGAGUCUCAAGGCCGGCGACGAGGUGUGGCUGGAGUUGGAGGCUCCGUACAUUAGUUUUCUCUUCGACGUGCAUAGAGACGCCGUGUUCAGUGGCUAUAUCCUGUACCCCGAGUGAAUCAAAAUUGUUUUCAUCGGCGUGUCUGGGAAGACAGAUCAGGAACACA